AUGGGCCAGAUUUUUGCUGGAGCAUCGAAAGUGAUGAUCUGGCUUGGCGCAACAAGUCUACAGACGUACCUUAAUAGCGCGUCCACUGGUUCGCACCCGCAGAGCAUCGCUGCGAUCUCACUGGAUACGGAUUGGGGAGAGUUUAUGAGAUCGUCAAACCCAGAUCCUGCAGCCUGGCACCUGGCGAAUCAAGUCAUGAGCAUCGUCUAUAACAACUACUGGCAGAGACUAUGGAUCAUUCAGGAAAUAGGAUUGGCGCAGAAGGUGUGUGUCAUAUAUGGCCAGAAACUCUUGACGCGUAAGCGUCUGCAGAAAAUAUACUGGGCAGCGUGCUCUGAUUCAACAGAUGUUGGAUACUAUUCGUGGCUGAACAAGCAGCGAGAUCCGAGCGUCAUUUCCACUGGUUACCAUAUGGUUGUUCGCCAUCCCAUACUCGAGAUCUCUAAGCCCAGCGUGCAUCAGAGCCUUGGUGAUCUGAGUCUGAAAUACCACCAGCAGUGCUGUUCGGAUCCACGAGACUAUGUGUACGGUCUCUCAGGCUAG